AGAAGGCAGCGAGGUUAGGGAAUUAGGGUUUUAGAUUUCCUCCUCAGUUCGAGCUCCAGAGACCCUGAAAGUUCAGCAGCCAUGGCGACCACCAAAGUUCAAAGGAUCAUGACCCAGCCCAUCAACUUGAUUUUUAGGUUUCUUCAAAGUAAAGCUAGGAUCCAGAUAUGGCUCUUUGAGCAGAAAGACUUGAGGAUCGAGGGACGAAUUACCGGUUUUGACGAAUACAUGAAUUUGGUGCUGGAUGAUGCAGAAGAAGUGAAUGUCAAGAAGAAGACCAGUAAAACGCUCGGGAGGAUUUUACUUAAAGGAGACAACAUAACUCUGAUGAUGAACACGGGCAAGUGAGGACUGUAUCGACAAACCUGCUUGUAUUGCCAUCUUGGAUGAUGGAUGUGUAGAUUCGGCUUCCGGGUUUCUGGGAACUCUCUAGAUGUUUGAUGUUUUCAUUCACCUUAAACUUGUGCUUGACACUGCCAGCAUAUCAGAUUGUAGUGACAACUUUGAGAUUAAGGAACCUUUGAUUGAUGGUGGCGUU